GUGCCCACGGCAGGGCUGUGGGAAAGUUCGGGGGAGAGAGCACCCACACAUUGUCAUGGUAAUGUUGGUGGGUGGAGGUGUUGGGGGCGCGAGGCUGUGGUGCGUAAUUUUUUAUAUAUAUAUAUCUCAGGGUAGAGCGCCGUUAACCCUACUCUCCAGUGCUCCUUUCUCCCUCUCGGUUGAUCUAUUCGUUCAUAAAAUACUAAAACAGUGCAAACUGAGUUUUGUGGGGUACUAUAGCUGCAGAAGAGAGGGGCCACAAGGACACAGAUAGUGUGGACUGUGGAGCUCUCAGUUAGUCAGGUGGUUUGGUGCGUGCGCCUUGCAGCUCGAGGAUGACGGCCUUCAACAUGGUACACCGGGGAAAUGGUCCCGAGAGGAAUUUUAGCGCUAAAGAAGAACGAAAGUUGCGGAAGCCUCUAAUUGAGAAAAAGAGGCGGGAGCGCAUCAACUGCAGUCUGGAACAACUGAAAGGGAUCAUGGUGGAUGCAUACAACCUGGAUCAAUCUAAACUGGAGAAGGCUGAUGUACUGGAGGUUACUGUGCAACAUAUGGAGGGUCUGCAGAAGGGUCACGGUUCAGGUUCCCCUUCUGGUCCCAGUAUAGGGUUUGAGUCCCGGCAGCGCUACAGCAGUGGAUACAUUCAAUGUAUGCAUGAGGUCCACAACCUGCUCAAGAGCUGCCCAGGCAUGGACAAGCCACUGGGGGCCCGGCUCCUCAACCAUCUGCUCAAGUCUUUGCCCCAUAUCAGCUCUGAGACUGGGGCUGGGAACACUGGUGGCAAUGGGACCAAUGGUAUCAAUGGGACUCCGACUAGGGCUAUUGGUAUGAGUAAUAGUAACAGUGGUUCUAUUGGUGGUGGUAGUAGUAAUGGUGGUAGUCCCAUGUCUGGAUCUGGGCCUGUCUCCCCUCCCCAGUCUCCGCUUUCUCUGUCAUCUGGAGGUGGAGCGCAGUCAUUCCAGCCUGGCUGUUUACAGAUGCAUCAUGCCAAGCCCCCCUUGCAGCCAUCACCCCCACCCAUAGGAAGCUCACCGCUCCACGCCCUUUGCAGCCAGGUACAUUCUGGUAGAGAUGGGAGGGAUCAGCAGAAGUCCGUCUCCUCCUCCCCUCCUUGCUCCCCCAAUCUACCCCAGCCUGGGGUGUUUCACCCCGCCCCCCUGUCCCCUUUCUCCCCCCCUGAGGGAGACCCCUCCAUGUGGAGGCCUUGGUGAAGACCUCAGGGAACAGACAAACACACACACACCUUCCAUCAAGUUAGGGACCCUGAUUUUUUCCUGACCCCGUGACCUGACAAGGAAAAUGCCCAGGCAGUAGGCCGACUAGGGCCUGGAGUUGUCCCAGUCAGGUCAUAACGCUGUGGCAAGGAAAAACUCAGGGCCCUUUUAUGUUUUAUGUAUCCCAUCUCAUGGGAUCGCUCAAUUCUGUUUUUCCUGGAUCUAGUGGAGGAUUCAGAAAAUGCAGAACCAGAUGUAUCUGCAGUUUCACUUAUGUAAAGUUAAAACCAAUGUGUUGUGGGCCAGCCCCCUAGGAACAUGGCUCUGGUGCUCUGCUAUAGUACACAAUGCCAGCAGUUCUAUAGCCACAUGGCAAAAUGAUAGCGUCUAAUUUUCACUUUUAAAUGUUUGGUCAUUUAUACCUUUUAGACAUAAAAAUAUUUGUAUGAGAUUGGGGAAGAGUAAGCAUUAUAGCUACUUCAAGUUUGUACAGUUUUCUUGUUUUUUUUCUUCCUAUGUUGUAAACUUCUCUUUUCAAAUAGUUCAUAUUUUGUGUUUUAGAAGUGUAUCAAAAUGUUUUUGUUUAAUAUUUUGUCACUCAUCUUUAAUUAAUUGAUUAAUUAACUGAUACACCUGAUUUGGUAUUGAUUCGUUGAUUCAGGUCUAGCUACAUUUGGAAAUUAAAACUCAACGACUCAUCCUUGUAUAUUACAAGAAGUUGCAAGGCUGUUUCAUAUUGAAGCAGCUAAAUAAAGUGUUAAAUUGGCUGACAGUUGAAGUGUUGUAUGGUAUCGAAAUUGAAUUAAAAAUGUAAAACAACUGUAGCCUAAAUGUGAAUCUUUUUAUACCUGUCUCAUAUUCAAGCAGGCAAAAUAAAGUGUGAAGUUGGUUGACAGUUGGAGUUUAUGGUUUCAGAAUGUAAUAAAUUAAUGCAACUGAA